AUGCCCCGUCUUCCCACCCCGCUGCUCCUCAAGGCUUCUCGCGAAAACCCUCUUCUGCCCCUCCUCCUCAAGGAAUGUCGCUCGUUGGCCUCGGCUCGUAAUGAAUUGCGCUGGUUUCGCGAGCGCGCUGUUCGUGAGGCUGGUGGUUAUCGGCGGCAAAUCCAUGGGGUUUCCAACGAGGAGGGACCCGCGUACUCGUCUUAG